GUCUGUGUCCCUCUGACCAAGGAGAUAUAUGUUUCCACAGAACUCGCCAACACUGGACCCGAUAGUAGUGGUGACAUCAAUCUGCGAAGGAUAGCAUUUUUCAACACAACAUUGACACUGCUGGACCAACAGUACGAAGUAAUAUGUAAACUGUUACCAAAGUAUCCAGAAAACUGUCAUGAAGAUCAGUGGGAGGGAUCAUAUGGACGGAUCUUUCUCUGACAUUAUCAAGGACUGUCGCGUUUGUGUCAUCACACCAAUGUCUCUCGAAGGAUACUUAAAAAGGCAAGCAUCAUCCUUGGAUGCGUUCUCUAUGCUUGUGUUUGACGAGUGUCACCAUACACGGAAAAGUGAACCUUACAACCAGAUUAUGGCACAUUACCGGAAACGACACAAAGAGGGCGGCACAUUACCACAGGUUAUUGGAUUGACAGCCUCGGUUGGAACUGAGAGGGCUAAUGACGUACGAGGUGCAGAAGAAAGUAUCAUCGACCUGAUGGCGCGAAUGAAUGUUACUAAGAUCACUACUCCAAAGGUCCACGUAGAGGAAUACCAUAAUUAUGUUCCGGACCCCAUUAAACAUAAAGAAGUGAUGACGGACCGAAAGGUGGAUCCGAUCGGUGAUACCAUACAGCGUGCUAUGUAUCGACUUGAAGGAUGGCUCGUCGGUCAAUUGUGUGAUCUUGACACGGAUAUAGACAGUCUGUUAAGGGAGAUACCUGACACACAGAGAAUGAAGCCGCAAUACCAAACCUGGCUAUCCCGCCUACAGAUGGCGCUCCCUCUCAGUAAACAACUAGCUCCCGACAUGAAACACCGGGCCAUUGUGAUAACAGACCACUUGACUAUGUACCAAAGCGCUCUCUCGUUAAACAACACGCUGUGUAUGAAGGACGUCUUGGAACAUCUCUAUCUUUCCUCUUUGAAAUUCAAAAUACUUGGAAAAGGGGACAACAACACAAUAAGAAUAUCUGGCGCACGAGAAGAUAUUCCGGAAGGAGAAGGAACACAAGGUGAAGACAAAGAGGUCGAUUCAGGCCAAACCAAUACAGGAGGUGACGAAAUAAAUGACAGAUCAAUUCUAGGCAGUACAAGAAAUGACGACAUACAUGACAAACCAAGUCUAGAAAGUACAGGAAAUGACGAAAUACAUGACAAGCCAAGUCUAGGAAGUACGGGAAAUGACGACAUACAUGACAAACUAUGUCUAGGCAGUACAGGAAAUGACGACAUACAUUUACAUAACAAACAAAACGUAGACAGUACAGAAAGUGACGGCAUAAAUGACAAACCAAGCCUAGGAAGUGCAGAAAGUGAUGGCAUAAAUGACAAACCAAAUCUUAACAGUACAGGAAGUGACGACAUACAUGACAAACCAAGCAUAGGAAGUGCAGAAAGUGACGACAUACAUAACAAACCAAGUCUAGGAAGUACGGGAAAUGACGACAUACAUGACAAACCAAGUCUUAACAGUACAGGAAGUGCCGACAUACAUGACAAACCAAGUCUUAAUAGUACAGGAAGUGACGACAGAUAUGGAAAUCCAUGCAUUGAUAGUACAGUUAUCUAUAGCAGAGAUAGCGGCACAAGAUUAGACAGUACGGGAAGUGACGUCAGAGAAGUCAAUCAGAAAGUAAGCAACACCGGAAAUGAAGCCACCAACGUCAGUCUGUAUACAGAUGUCGUAAAGGAACUGGAACGUCUCUCACAGAAUCCGGAUUUUGAGAAUCCGAACAUCGUUCGUCUUCAGGAAAUGGUUGAUAAACACAUCAAGGAGAAAGGGAUGGAUUCAACGUUCAUUGUCUUUAUACAGACAAGGGAAUCGGCUAUAGCAGUUUCUAGAUACUUGAGAGAGAAAUCAUCCAACGUGAAAUGUCGAUACUUGAUUAGUGCGCGGUCAACGACGGAGGACAUUGAAAAACAGUCCCAUGCCGAGCAAAGCCGAGUAGUCAAGCAACUCCUAGCUAAACAGAUUAAUGGUAUCGUUGCGACACAGGUGGCCGAGGAGGGAUUAGACAUGCCCGCCUGUAACUUCGUCAUCCGUUAUAACAGAUCCAGUGACGAGAUCUCCACCUUACAGGCCGCAGGAAGAAGCAGAAAAGUACAUGGGACAAUCAUAGACUUUGCUGAUCAACAGAAGGGCAGACAGGAGCAGAUGAACGUGUUGAGAUUAGAAUUGAUGAACGAAGCUUUAAAGAAUAUUCUAGCAAAGUCAGAUGCCGAGAUCCAGGAGAAGGUCACCCAGCGAAUGCGCUCUAUCACGGAGACAGACUUGGAAGAAGAGCGUAUGAGAGUGGCUCAAAAAAACAGUAAACCGAUAGGAAAUUUCACAUUACGAUGCCAGCGAUGUCAGGAAUUUGCGGUUUGUAGCUCUGACAUCAGAUGUUUUAUGACGUCCCAGUACAUAGUCACAAAUAGCGAGUUUUACAGAAGAAUCAAACGUCGACUUCACAAGAAUCCGAAGAAUUAUGCAGGUUUGAACACAAAGUACAAAAUUGAGUGUAAAAACUGCGGAUCAGAUUGGGGAGUAGGAGCUUGCCCUAAAACCGGUGUAUUUUGUGCAGUGUUGAAGAUAAAGCAGUUUGUUGUAACCGAUGCUGACACAGGACUGGAGUAUAAUACAUCUUCAUGGGCCAAGUUACCAUUCACCGUGCAGCCCAUGUACAGGGACGAACUUCAUAAUCUCACCGGGUUUGAGGACCUUACAGAACAGACCAAUGGCUGCUGAGGAUUAUCACUGAUAAUACGUGUCCACAUCAUUUCUCUUUAGAGAAAUGUGUUGCUUGUAUACUUUCGUUAAUAUAUAUGCAUCGGAUAAACUAAAAAGAUGUAUGAAAUAGUCAGACUGGAAUAGCACAGCAUGUCGUGGUAGAAAUAAUAACGUCUUAUUUUAUUAUAAAGGUUGUCAUCAGCUACUUAUCCCAUAUUGCUUGUUACUAAUGCUGUGUUAUUUGUUCAAAUGUGUCUACCAAAAAAAGGUUAGGGUUAGGCUUGAUAUCGUAUUUUGUUUGCCUUUCAUAAAUGACUCUGUUUGUUUUCAUUACAGGAGCUAUUCACUUUUUGUCCUGUAUAUAAUAUGUGUGUUACGUUUGCCUAGUGAAUGCCAUUAAAAUGAGAGAGACGACUUUCUAGAAAUGUUCAAUGAACAGUCUUUUAAAGCAAUAUCACUGUGUAUUUGUAUACACUAUACUGCAUAGGUUUUUUGAAAAUAGAAAUUGAUAUGACAUGGGAUUGAAAGUGUCCCAAUACUAGACCAGCCAACUGUUUAGAGACAUAAUUAAUAACUUUUUUGUCAGAAAACACAAUAGAGAAACAAAUGAUUAAACAAAGGAGUUGCUGUUCUAGCCGUAAUACAUAGCGAAUGUAAUAUAAUUGUUAUAUAUAUUAGGAAUAUUUUCAUAAUCUACGUCCUGUUGUGAAACUUAUUGAUAUACUCUAUAUAGAGUUAGGUUUAGAAUUGUUAUAUAUAAGGAAUAUUUUCAUAAACUACGUCCUGUUGAGAAACUUAUUGAUAUACUGUAUAUGGGGUUAGAAUUGUCAUAUAUACGGGAUGUUUGAAUAUUCUAUGUCCUGUUGUAAAGCUUAUUGAUUUAAUGUCUGUAGGGUUAAAGUUAGGGUUAGAAUUUUUUACAUGUAAGGGAUGUUUUGAUAAUUUACGUCCUAUUGUGAAGCUUAUUGAUACAAUGUAUAUAGGCGAAGGAAUUAAUAUCAUUAUCAACUAAAGGAAACCUUGUGAGAUAAACACGAUGACUUCCUUUUAUUGUGAAUAAAAAGAUGAUGCAUAUUUAUCAAUAAAAUGCUUUAUUAUAAAUCUAACACGGUGACAUGUUUUCAAAUACAUACUGAACACUAACAUACGGUCAUUCAUUCGUCGUCUGUCGCGUCCCUUGGAAGGCUGCAGUGAAACAUUGUAUUCCUGGUAUUUUUCGCCCCAGGUUAUUUUCACCCUUGAGCAACACAAAAGCUAUUCGCCCCGUUUUAAUUUCGCCCUAAACUUCUUUUAGGAAAUGCCUUUACCUCGUUUACAAUAGGAAAACUCCGUUCGGAAUUCUCGAUACAAUUGCACUCGGAACACUCAGGAUUUAUCCAGUUCCCGCAUUUUCUUUUCUUUGCAUAUCCCGCUGAGGUGUGAAAUGUAAUCAGGUGUAAAAUAUUCAACGUUUACCUGUGUUUAGAUUUACUUUAAGCCUAUACUGAUUCAAAUAGUAUCAGGUAUGCAUGGUCGAUUUUAAGCAAACACGAUGAGUGGUAAGUUCACCGUGCCGUGACUAAUUACUAACCAGUGUUUUCUAUUGUUCAUUUGUCAUCGAUGGAAGCCACAAGCGAUGGUGAACUCAUAAAAUCAGUCUUCACAAUGGCAAGAAUUAAAUGCAAUUUUGUGUGCAUCAUUUACAAAGAUUUUAAAAGUUACCUAGUUUUUAUAGAUUCAAAAACAAAUAAUACACUAAACCUAGCACGCUGUCUGCUUUUUUUCGAAAUCAAAUACUAGUAUAUUAAACCCAGUACACUGUCUUAGCCAAUAUUCUCGAUUUAUAGCAAAUUCACCAGGCCUAGAUAUAUAUCUAGAUUUUAUUUCACAUGCAUAGAUUGGAAUAAAACAAUAAAUUAUUUUAUAACACGUGUUGCUUGUAAUUAUAUAAAAAAAAACAUACUUGAAAAGUACGAGGGUAUGUUUUCGAUCCGACUACAAUUAGCCUAUGUACGAUAACUUGCAAUUUCGCCGUCAUCUUAAAUUCGCCCUAUCAUCAAAGGGCGAAAAUGACGAAAAUUAAACGGGGGCGAAAAUUACCAGGUAUACAGUACUUACAAUCGCUUACAAAAUAUACAUCAAUUUGGUUAAGGAAUUCAAUAGAAAAGAAUAACAUGGAUACAAAGCAAAAAAAAA